CUGAUGCACAGUCUCCUGGAAGAGCAGCCUUGUGCUCUUAACUUCUGAGCCACCUCUCCAGCCUCUCCUGACAGUUCUUUAUGUUUUGAUUUCCUUGGGUAAACCCUGGAGCCCACCUCCCCAUUCGUACUUAUUUAACGCUCGGACCUUCUCCCACACCACGGCCGCGGCCUCUUCCCCAGAUCAGCUCCACUGCAGUGGAGGGCAUCUCAGGCUCAGGAGCCUCAUCACGCUUCUCUUGCAAAACCGCUUCUAAGAGCAGCUGACGUCCCACGAUGGAGGUGAUACUGACUGAUGAGCCCAGGUUAGGUCCACUCCACUGUGGGCCUGGAGAAGCUGCCGCCAGCCAAGUCUAGUGGGAUCUUAGGGCAGGGAUGGGGCACCCCCUCCAGGCCCCCAAUCCCUUCCUAACCCGCUUGACCCAGCUCAGCGCCGACGUGUUUAUGGCAGUUUUCUGCAGGCCCAGCCAUCUGUCACCUGCCUCACUUCCUGGUGAUAGUCCCUCGGUUAUGCCACAGAAGGACUGCUGGGUUUUGGGAGGUGCUGGGGUGCUCUGAGCCACAGGCCUGUCUGCUGUGAUGGUCUUUUGGAGGCCCUAGAACCCCAGCUGCCAGCUGACUGGAGAGGGACUCACCUUUCUGCCCCAGACUGGAAGCAGAGGAGCCACCACUGACCUGGGAAGGGUUGGACAUGUCUGAGGCACUGUCCUGCCCCAGCAACGAGACCCCUACCCCUGGUUGUCACCUGAAGACCCUGUACUGGGCCUGUGUCCACAAUGACCCCGAUGAGCUCCAAGCCAGGCUGGAUGUCGGGGUCUCCCCAGAGGAGGUUUCCCAAGUGGACAGCAAUGGGAGGACAGGCCUCAUGGUGGCAUGCUACCGCGGCUUUGGUGCCAUUGUGGUUCUGCUCAGCUGCUGUCCUUUCCUGGAUGUGAACCAGCAGGACAAAGAUGGAAACACAGCCCUCAUGCUGGCCGCUCAAGCAGGUCACACAUCCCUGGUGACUGUCCUGCUCAACUACUUUGCUGGCCUGGACCUGGAGCGCAGGGACCAGCGGGGACUCACGGCUCUGAUGAAGGCUGCCAUCCGUGACCGCUCUGAGUGUGUGGUGGCCCUCCUCAUGGCGGGUGCUGACCUGAGCUCCGUGGAUCCCGUCCGGGGCAAGACAGCCUUGGAGUGGGCUGUUCUGACGGACAGCUUUGACACCGUGCGGAAGAUCCGGCAGCUGCUGAGGCGACCCCAGGCAGAGCAGCUCAGCCUGCAGUACCAGCCAGAGUGGCCAGCCUUGGCCCAGCUCGUGGCCCGGGCCCAGGCCCAGGCUGCCCCAUCCCUCUUAGAAAAGCUGCAAGCUACCCUGAGCCUCUCUUUUGCUGAGUCUCCGCAGGAAGGGGGUGUUCUGGACCACUUUGUGACGGUCACCACCAGCUUGGCCAGCCCCUUCCUCACCACGGCCUGCCACACACUGUGCCCCGAUCACCCACCCAUGCUGGGCACUCGAGGCAAGUCAGUGCCUGAGCUUUUGGGCACCGCCCCUCCCCCUCCCCCAGCACCCCACCCUCCUCUGGCUGUCCCUGUCCCCCAGGUCUUCGUCCCCUACCAGAGCCCUCGGAGUGUGCUCUCCCAGUGGUUACAGUCCAGGGACAGUGCAGGUGCCAGGUCCCAAAUCCCCAAGAUCCUCCUCUCCAAGGCGCCCUCUUCCCCUACCCAGUACGAAGAGUUGAUACUCAGGCCUGCAGGGCAGCGAAGUCUGGCUCUUCCUCUCUGGAGAUACCAGGAGAGGAAGAAGCAGGAAGACGAAGCUAAGAACCAUGGGGAGGUGGGCUAGGCCAAGCUAGAGGCGAGUAAGACACGUUCCCGUCUGGGGCUUCUUCUGCUUCCCAGCUGCCUCUGCCCUGAGGAACCUGCUUCCACUGACGGUACAAGGUUGCCCACAGUAGUGUCUGCAGGAGGGAACAGGACUAACCCAGUGUCUGCCGGCAGGGGAUCAGCUACAGUGAUGUGGUGGUAAUACCCAUACGCUGGAUUCUGUGUAGUCUAUCAUAAAGCAGGGGAAAGCAAGGGUCUCACACGGAAUCUAUCUUCCAGUUGUACCAAGCAGAUAACCAAGGGUAGAAAAGCAUGCGGGCAUGGCAUUUGUCAGAGAACGUCUCCCUCAGGUAACCACGUUUGUCAGGACAUCUUUAUCCUCAACUUUGUGAGAUUUAGAAUCACACAAAAGAGAUGCCUCUGGGUGCCCAUAGAGGCUUAACUGAGAAGGAGAGGACCACCUGAACUUGAAGAGCACCAUCCAACGAACUGGGGCCCCAGACUGAAUGAAAAGAAGGACCCCAGCACGGCGUCCCCUCUGUUACCUGACUGCAGACGCCACGUGGCCUGCCGCCUCCGGCUCCCGCUGCUGUGCCUCCACCUCGUGGACUGAACCGGAGCAGUAAUUAAUGCAGAUUACCACGGACAUGUCAUGAGUACCGAAAGCUAUGUAAGGACUUAGAAAGUGGGGCAGCAGGAUGGAUCCAAGGAGGAAAUGGAGGACUGUGGAGCAAGGGGUGCGGAAAGAAGAUUGCAAAGUUAGAAGAAAAGAAGUUCCCAACCACAGGAAAACCUGAACUGUUUUUACUUUUUUGCCAAACAAAAAUGAUUUGGGGGCUGGAGAAGACAGAUCAGAUUAGAGCCCUGGCUGC